UAAUGGGGAAUUAAAGCAGGGCACGGAAGAAUCGCAUGGGUGUGCUAGGAUUGAUGAUCAAUGCUGGCUUUGUUUUGAAAACGGGCAUGUUUACAAUUGACGAUCGCUUUUAUUACAACCUAUUGUAGAACUUUAGCGAAUUCCUCGAUGGGCGAUGGAUAAAAUUGCCCCAGACCGGGUAAUGCAAUGCGACUUUGCAUUUUGAUUUAUAUGGGAGUUUGGGUGAAUGUAGUGAAUGAUCAAGCGUUUUGAUUUAAAGCUCAUCUUUACGUACACACUGUGAGUACAAAUCCAUGGAUUAUAUAAAUCCUAUGCAGAACAAGAGAAGGCGCAGUGGAGAGAUUGAACAAUGGCUCAAACAGUCGAAAAGGCUGUGCAAUGGACUAGGAGGCUGUGGUCAGGUUGAAUAUAGUGGGGUGAUAGAAACUCCAAUGGACACGUGGGAUCCCCCAAAUCAAGGCCCUCAAAAUGGACAUGGUGCCAAUGGCCACGUCCCUGGCUUGGUUUUAGGAGCUCCAGGACGUGGUGCAGGACAGUUUUGCCCCAGGUGUAUGGCAGGUGAACCUGGCCAUAUAAACCACAUCAUGAGGUAUUGAUCGGUAGGGCUGAUGACUGCUGCUGGUGAAUUGACUGAAUAACUGGGAAAGAAAAGGGUCGACACAGGGAAGCAAUCCACGCUGUAGUGUGUGUUUCCUGUAUAGUUUGUGCCUUUCACAUGUAUUUUCCAAACCCUUGUCUAGUAGCGUUUUGUAGAUAUAUGAGUUUACAGUACCAUAAACGCUCCAGGAACAUGAUGGGAAAAGCAAUGAUGUUUGCAUUAAACCGAAGUGAAUUGAAGCGUUUGUACAACUUCAGAAAAGUUGUAUUGUAUAAUUUUUUUUGCACUGUGCUGCUUGGCAAACAUGAUCAUUUUUCCAGUCCGAUUGGUUGUUUUUUUAAAUAACUCUUGUUAAUCCACUGUCAUCAAAAUGAAUGCGAAAUGACACUGUUUAAAAUAUAUUAAUAAUAUUUUUAUAGAUUAUUUUUCUAAAAACUGUAAUGAUGGUGUUUAGAGUAUUAAAUACAUGUUAAUUCCAGUGUAGAUUUUUUUGUUGUUGAAUAUUUGAGCGUUUGUGUAUUAAUUUGGUGGGUCAUUAUAUGUCUGUACCUUAACAAAGCAUGUAGCCUAUGUUAACAUCGCAAUCACAACUCUGUCGUUUUGAUGUUUUAUCCUUAUUAGUUUCCUUUAAGAAUUCCUAGAAAAACAUUUAAAUGUUUAAUAAUUAAUAUUGAUGUCACCUUUUUUGAUACCAAUGCAGCAUAUUUGACAUAAAGUAAAAUUUGAGAGAAGCUUUGGUUUUGUGUUUUCUGAUGGGUGGCAC